AUGGGAUAUCGAUCGAACACUCGUACCUAUGCUUUAUUGAUAGUUGGCGGAUUUGUGACACUAUGGAUUUUGAUAGGAAGGAGCGGAAUCGAGAAAAGGGAUGAACAGAUCCACGUGGCUCGAUCGGUGGACAGUUACGGCGAGAUCGACUCAAAGUCACCGUUCAUUUUCAUCGGCGGCGUGCCGCGAUCGGGAACGACACUGAUGAGAGCGAUGCUCGACGCACAUCCGGAUGCGGUGAGAUCAAAGGAAAAGAUGAUGGAGAAAAACGGAAAGAUUCUUUAUGUGAUCGCCUCGUGGACGGCACUGUUACAGCUAGCGACUGCGCAGUUCUUGGUGGAAGUGCUCGAGCCACCGCGGAUGGGAGUUCGGAGAACGGUGCACCAUUGUGAUGCAACGGGAGCGGCCUUUGGUGGAGACACAUCGUCGUUCACUUUCACAGGUUAUUCAAUCGGAUGUCUCCAUCAAGUUCGACCAGCUCUGGCUUGUUCAAAUGUUGAGAUGGUCCCAACGAACUCAAGCGAAUGUGUCGUCAACUUCGCUCUUGUCCCAAGAGGAAAUUGUAGCUUUUCGGAGAAAGCAUGGUUUGUUCAGAAUGGUGAACCAGGCGGCUUUCGGGCUAUGAUCGUUGGGAACAACGAGGGAGAGCCCCCGACACAAAUGAGCGGAAGAAAAUAUGCUGAUCGGGUGGAAAUCCCGCUUGUUAUGAUUAGCUACUCGUGUAUGCAAACGAUCUUGAAGAAAUUCCCGGUGACUCAAGGUUAUACAGUACAGAUUAAACUCUCGCCCGGUUAUUAUGAUUUAUUUCGAUAUCUCAUUCCAUUUGUUGUUGUUGUCGGGUUUUGUUUCACGGUUUUGGUUGUUAGUUUGCUUAUUCGAUUGUGCCGAGAAAGAAGGAGACUCGCCCGGAAGCGGCUGUCGAAGAAAAAUUUGAAGAAAAUCCCGACGAGGAAGUAUAAGUCCGGUGACGAGCCAGAGACAUGCGCGAUUUGUUUGGACGACUUUGUGCCCGAUGAAAAGCUCAGAAUAUUGCCUUGUAGACACGUCUAUCAUUGCAAAUGCAUCGAUCCAUGGUUGACGAAAAAUCGAAAGGUUUGCCCGAUGUGCAAGCGACGAGUCGGUGAUAAAGGAUCGGACAGUGAUGACUCCGAUCACGAUACAAAUACGCAACAACGAACCCUCGUCAACCAGAAUCAAUAUCGACAAUUGCGCGAGGAACCCUCGACGGAGAGUCUCGUCGUCGCGUUCUCACCCGAAAAUCAAGCCUCAUCUUCCUCAUCGCUUCAUCGAGCCGAGGUUCAUCGAGCGAAUGCUGGACCUUUGGAAUACGACACGGAACACCUCGUCCAACAACAUGAUGAAAGUGAUGAUGAUCAUGCGAUUAGCAAUGAACAAGAUGAGAACUCAUCCAUUCACGUCUCUUCGUCGGUGACUUCACUGAAGGAUAAGCUGAAGGAUUUUAUCAAGAGAGUUCGAGGAACGCCACCGGCCAACGAUGAUCUACCUCAUGGACUUGACAACGUGGCCUUUGAUGAGAGUGCAGUGAAUGCGGCUGGGAAUUCGGCUGGGAAUGCGGCUGGGAAUGCUUCAUCGGCGAAUGUUACUCAUAUGGACGAGACCGAGCUCCAAUCCUCGUCACUCACGCACACAUUUUCGGAUCCCUUUGACGAGCAUCGAUCC